UUGAGUCAUGAGUGUUUUUCCUCUCUGCGAACUCUCUCCCCACCCCCCUCCUUUCCCUCUUUCGCUCCGUUUAAGAUUCAUUCAUUUCACCCACGAAUAAAAUUAACAACUGCAAAAUUUUAUGUGAGAACUCAAAACCCUAACAAGGUUUCCAAUCCCUAGGGUUUUCUCUGAAUUUCAGUCACGAUAAAUCAUUUAAAUGGAUAAAAACGCCGAGGAAGAAGAAGCUUUGGAUGGCCACUCAUUUCAACUCGACAAUAACUCCGCAGCAACGGUAACAGUGGGCUUGGAGGAAGCGUAUCAAGAUGGGGGGCCCCAAUGUGUGCUCGAGUCCACAUCCGAGUUGGAUGAAUUGCGACAGGGUAGAAGUGAAAUCGAGACACAGGAGACACAGGAGGUGGCGGUUGCUGGGGGAGAGGGUUUGAUAGACCAGGAACGUGAUUCCCCGGUCGAGUUGGGGGAGCCGGGAUUCGGUGGAGGCGAUGGCGAGUCGCGAGUAUCGUCAACAUCGGUGGUGGUCGAGGAGGGGAGUUUGGCUGGCAGACAGCAGGAGAAGGAUGGUGAGAAGAAGGUGAUUGUUGACGGUGAUGAGUCCCUGGGACCACCAGUACCCGCAGCACAAAUGUUUUCUGGAGAAGAGGAGGCUGAAAUUGCGAGGGAUGGAGAGAAGAGAGAGGAUGUCUAUGGUGAGAAUGGUCUGAUCGAUAGGGAGGAUGACCUGACGCAAGAUAUGGAGGCCGUGGACCCGGCAGUGGUCGAUGUGGCGAAAGAAACUACGGCGGAGGUUAGGGAAAUGGCUGAAGUGGCGGAAGAUAGGGGAAUUGCGGAGGAAAAAAAUGUUGCAGACGGAGUAGUAAUACCUCCUGAAGAGAAAGAGGAUAGUGAUGAGCUGAAGGAAAGGGAAAUUGGAGAUAAGGACGCGACUGACAUGGUGGAGGAAAGCGGUGUUCCGAGCGAGAAAGAGGUUGUUGACAUGGCAGAGCGGUCGGAGUUGGCUGGCGUGGGAGAUGGAGAGGAGAUUAUGGAGGGAACGGUAAUCCCUCCUGAAGAGAAAGAGGAUACUGAUGAGCUAAAGGAGAAGGAAAUUGAAGAUAAGGAUGCGACUGAUAUGGUGGAGGAAAACGGUGUUCCGAGUGAGAAAGAGGUUGUUGGCAUGGCAGAGCAGGCGGAGUUGGCUGGCGUGGGAGAUGGAGUGGAGAUUAUGGAGGGAACGGUAAUCACUGUUGAAGAGAAAGAGGAGACUGAUAAGCUGAAGGCGAGGGAAAUUGAAGAUAAGGAGGCGACUGAUAUGGUGGAUGAAAAUGGUGUUCCGAGCGAGAAAGAGGUUGUUGACGCGGCAGAGCAGGCGGACAUGGCUGUUACGGCAGAUAGAGGGGAGAUGAUGGAGGAAACGGAGAAGUCAGAGGAGACAGGAAUGCCUAAAAGGAUAGAAACAUCGGAAAUGGGAAGCGCGGAUGUUGAAACAGAAGAGGAAGCACAUAUGGAAGGAACGGCAGUGAUGACUGACAGGGUAGAUGCAAUAGAAACGCAAGAAGAAACAGAUAUGGUUGAUGAGGUGGAGAGAACAGAAACGCAGGAGGAGACUGCUCUAGCUGACAUAGAUGAGGGAAUAGAGACAGCAGAGGAGAUGGACGAGACAGAGAACAUGGAGGUACAGGAGGAGUUCAUGAUUACUGAUGCGGCAGAUACAAUUGAGACAGUUGGCGAAGAGGAGGGAGCAGAGGGAAUGGAGGAGGUGGAUGAAGCAAGUAAGACCAUUGGUGGAAAAAGGAAGCGUGGGAAGAAUGUGAGAGCGUCAGCAAUUAGAGGAGCCACAAGGAAAAAGGUAGAGGAGGAUGUUUGUUUCAUUUGCUUUGAUGGGGGUGACCUUUUCCUCUGUGACCGCAGGGGAUGUCCAAAGGCUUACCAUCCUGCAUGUGUUGGUCGGGAUGAGGCAUUCUUUCGAGCUAGGGGUAAAUGGAACUGUGGUUGGCAUCUAUGUAGCAAAUGUGAGAAGAAUGCACACUACAUGUGUUACACAUGUACAUUUUCAUUGUGCAAAGGAUGUAUCAAAGAUGCUGUCAUCUUAUGUGUCAGGGGCAACAAGGGUUUCUGUGAGACAUGCUUGGAUACAGUCAUGAUGAUUGAAAAGAAUGAGCAGGAAAAGAAAGAAACGGCACAGGUAGAUUUUGAUGACAAAAGUAGCUGGGAAUAUCUUUUUAAGGACUACUGGAUUGAUCUAAAAGCAAGAGAAUCAAUUAACUUAGAGGAACUGUCUCAGGCUAAAAACCCUUGGAAAGGAUCUGAAUUACGUGCUAAUAAGCAUGAAUGGGCUGAAGAUGAUGACACUGCCAAUGAUGGAGGAUCAUGUUCAGACAGCUCAUCUAGAAAUGCGGAAAAAACUAUCUCGAAAGGAAGAAAGACCAGGAGAGGUUUGAGGUCUGAUGCCCGGGAGGGGAGUGCACCAAGCAGAGCUACAACUGUUCUUAAAGGGGUUCCUAAAGGUGAAAAGGUGGAGUGGGCCUCUAAAGAAUUACUGGAGGUUGUGAUGCAUAUGAGAAAUGGUGAUAAAUCUUUUCUACCCCAGUCAGAAGUACAUAAUCUCUUAUUGGAGUACAUAAAAAAGUAUAACCUUCGUGAUCCUCGCCGCAAAAGUCAAGUUAUUUGUGAUUCUAGGCUUCAAACUUUGUUUGGGAAACCUCAUGUGGGGCAUUUUGAGAUGUUAAAUCUUCUUGAUUCUCACUUUCUUGUAAAGGAGGAUUCUCAAGCCGAUGAACUUCAAGAGAGUGUAGUUGACACUGAAGCUAAUCAUUUAGAGGCCGACGACAGCCCUGAUGCUCUAGUGAAGAGGGGAAAAGACAAGAAACGUAAAACACGUAAAAAGAGUGAUGAUAGAGGUCGUCAAUCUAAUUUAGAUGAUUAUGCAGCUAUUGACAAUCACAAUAUUAAUUUGAUUUACUUGCGGCGCAAUCUGGUGGAGGAACUAAUCGAAGAUAUUGAGACAUUUCAUGACAAAGUUGUUGGCUCUUUUGUGAGAAUAAGAAUAUCUGGCAGCAGUCAAAAGCAGGAUUUAUAUAGGCUGGUCCAAGUUGUUGGCACGAGCAAAGCUACACAGCCAUAUAAAGUGGGCAAAAAAACAACUGAUUUUCUGCUUGAAAUUUUAAACUUAAACAAGACAGAGGUGAUAUCGAUUGAUAUAAUCUCAAAUCAAGAGUUCACUGAGGAUGAAUGUAAACGUCUUCGCCAGAGCAUAAAGUGUGGACUUAUAAACAGAUUGACUGUGGGUGACAUUCAGGAAAAGGCCAUAUCAAUCCAGGAAGUAAGAGUCAAAGAUUGGUUGGAAACAGAGAUAAUGCGACUUAGUCAUCUUCGUGAUCGAGCAAGUGAAAAAGGUCGUAGAAAGGAGCUCAGAGAAUGUGUUGAGAAACUACAGCUUCUAAAGUCACCAGAUGAACGCCGACGUAGACUAGAGGAAAUUCCAGAAAUACAUGCUGACCCCAACAUGGAUCCCAAUUAUGAGUCUGAAGAAGAAGAUGAAGCAGAUGAUAAGAAACAAGAUAGCUUCAUGCGGUAA